UCAUCUUCCCAUUGUGCAUUCGACGGACGACGAGAGGUUCUGCGACUCGCGAACAAAAAAAUUUUUUUCUUCGUACCCGAGUUUAUUUGAGUUUAUCGAUUAUUUAUAGUUUCUAGUUUCCCGUAUUCUUGGUGAACGAUCGAUCACAUUAGUAAUCUUAUCAUGUUGUGUUAGUUAUUCAAUCGCAUUUGUGAUGUUGCCCGAAAAUGGUUUGUAUAGACGAAGUAGUUGCUUACUUCAAAACACUUAAAAGCUACGAACGGCUUUGGAUGAUGUGUAGACUCCAAAGCCACUGUCUUCCAAUUGAAUUGAGGUACCUCGGCACUUGUUUAGAUAACUUGUCUAAAAGAGAUAUUCACAUAUUGAAGAAAUUGGAACUCGAAGCCAACGAUCCAGCCAGCGUUAGUGAAGUAGCUUGCAAGUGUAUUUGCGAUAAAACCGUUAGGGCAGCGGUUAUCAAGUAUUUAUCUGUAUUAAACACUAAUAGUACAAAGUGUUCCGAACUAAUUUAUAAAGCGCUAACAGACGACAAAGGUUUAGAACGCAUAUUUAAGUGUCCAAAAGCGUUCUUUAACGAUAAAAACGCAUUUGAGGAGCUUAUGGUAUUGUACACAUUAGCUGUAAAUCAUCCAGCAUUUAUAUUUGAACAAAAAACUCAACUAGAUAGCAUAUUCAACUGUAUUAAGAAAGAAAAAGAGAGACAACUGUCCAAAAAGAAAGGCGGUGAUCUAGACAAAGAAUCUUCUGAUAUUUUAGAGAAUAUCAACACCAUGAUUCCACCACCCAACUAUAUGUAUCAGCAAACUCAAGGCGGGCCAAAUUAUCCUCUGAAUAGAAAUGGCUAUUUAUAUCCACGUCAUUAUUAUCCAUUUCCUCCUGUAAAUGUUCCACCAAUGCAAGUUUGUUAUGACUAUCCACCGCCAACAGCAGUUUCAGGAAUUAGAGGACCCCAUCAAGCUAAUUUUUCAAAAUCUCCAAGUCCAGUUUCAUGGCCUCCGCGCACAUUCCAAAUAAAUCCACGCAAUCAACCACCAAACAUAAAUUCAAAGCAAAGGCAUCCUACUCCACCAAGAUAUCGUAAUCCUUCAGAUCCUAGUUAUCCAUUUUCACAAUCGUGGAACAACUGGAACAUGUAUCAAAUGUCACCGCAUAAUAUGUAUGCCAAUUAUAAUUAUACUCCAGGCAUGGUUCCUUCUUUCUAUCCUGAAAAUGCUAUGGGUCGUAACUACCCAGGACAUGGGACAAAAAGUAAACAUUCAACUGUUAAUCGAUAUCAAGAUCAAUCUAAAAGCCCAAUGCCGCCACCAGUGCCUGUGUCUACUUCUCCGAUUAAGGUUGACACUGUAGUCAAGAGUACCAAGCCUCUUUUAACAAAUGCUACAACAAACUCUACAAAUGAAAACGAAUCUAUUCUUGAAACACAUCACCAGAUGCCUUCAUCAUCAAAAUCUUCAGAAGAUUGCAGUCAAAGUAGCUCUUAUAAAUCUAUUAACUCGUCUAGUUCAGAUAAAAUGUCAGGAGCUUCUCCUCAACACGCAGUUGAGGAUAACUCAAAUAAUGCAAGUCCAAAGUUAGUUCAAUCCGAAAAUCAAUGUCAAAAUGCUAGUACAAAAGAGUUUAACUCAAAGCAUACUCUUGAAAACAAGAUACAGCCAGACAAUAGUGAGCAAAUAAUUUCUACACUUCAGCCAACAUACUCACCGCCUAUAAACUCACAACAAAUGCUUUGUACUACAGAUACAAACCAGCAAACAACUGCUACAUUAGAGCUUCCUAAAAGCGAAUCCACAAAAAAUAUUGAUCUCUCAACGCUUUCAACUGUGUUGGACGACGGAAAAAAUAAAGAGGAAAAGUCUACUGUCUUGUCAAAUGAUUUAAUUGAGGAAAAGUCUAAACCUAAUUCUGAUCACAGACCACAAAAUACAAAAAUUCCAGUGCAACUUGAGACUAAUUCAACAAAAGUAUAUGAAGCUAAAGAACAAACAGUUGGUGCUACUGCAAAACCAAUGAACAACACUUUAACAACAACUAGUUCUUAUAAUGCGCAAGCCAGUAAAUAUUACAAGGGUCGUCCAAUACAAUCUCAGCCGAGGACUUCACGUGAAGGAAAUAUAAAUAAUAGUUAUAAUAGAAAACCUAUGGCAGGGGCACUUGCAGCGUCAUCUUUUAAUGAACCUGCAAGGGAAAAUGUUCAUAAAACUCAUCCUAAAGUACCUAACAGUGGUCAACAAUACUAUACUAUGGCAUAUGAUAAUGGAGCAAGUGCUCGAGGUUAUAAUGCUCAGGCAUAUUAUGUUCAUCAACCUCAAACUUCUCAACCGAUGUCAGGUUUUUCUCCUAUGCCACGACAAUAUAUACCCCAACAACAUGUUGUUCAAUCUCCUGAGUAUCAGCAAGUUUAUCAACAACCUACUGAAUUUGUUUAUUAUCCAUCUUCUUCACAAACGUUUUAUACUACAACGCCAGUCUUAAUGCAACCUCAAGUGUUGGCUUAUCAUCCUCCGAAAGUAUCAUGCUAUAACUGUGGAGGACAGAAUCAUACAGGAGCUGAAUGUACUGAAUUGACAAUGGAAGAAAUAACAAGUAAAGGUCUCUACGAACAUCAUUAUGGACCAUCAAUGCCAGAUGGCAGACCCCGGAAUUGACGGUUAUACUGGAGCAAUUGUUAUUCAUAAUCACAACAAACAGGAUGACUUGAGACUUCAAGGAUGGUGAACUACCAACACCCUCUCCUAUAGUAUUAAUUUUAAUUUAAUUUAAAUGAUGAUUCCUCGAUUCGUUACCUGUUGUUUCCAAAUAAAUAAGACUGGGUAAUGUUUUUCUUCCAUACUAGUAUUUUUUAAAUUAAUAACGCUAGCAGUAUGAUAAAAAAAUUUAAUAUUAAAUUUAAUCAAACACUAAUUUAUAACGACUUGUCGUUUCCUCUUAUUUUAAAUUAUUUUCACCAGUCACACUAUAAUAAUCCAUUCUCGAUAUUAUUUCUAACUUAUUGAACCGUAGAUCCUAUAAGCGUUUCUCAUCAUCUCUCCACCCCUAAAUUAUAUCUUAUCGCGAAUCAAAUGUUUACAACAAAACAGUUGUGAUAAAGAUUUUAAUUUAAAUUUAAUAAUUUAUACUAUGUGUAACAUUCCCUUUUUAAUUUGACACCACUUGUAUAAACUGGUACCAUUUUAAAUAUUUUUUUCUAAAUUUACAGAUUAUAAUAAUAUUAUGUAGCUUAGAAAACGGAAAACAUCAUUACGUAUUAUUAUCAUGUUUUUAUAUUAUAAUUAUAAAUAAAUAUAUAAAAAAAUAUUUUGUUUAAAGUGUUUAGUAUCAUAACAUUUUUGUUUACCAAAUAUAUUUAUGUGUUUAAUUUUUUUUAUUUUAUUCAUAUAAUGUUUUGAUGUAUUUAUUUUAAUAAUUUUGGUAGUAUAACUUUGACUGAAUUUUAAUUAUUUUCUGUCAGGAUUUAAGUGACUUAUUAGACCUGAUUGAUGCCAAAGUUACGUUAUAAUUCAAGGGAUCUUUUUUCUAGGGUUUGUCAAAAAUCAGAAAAACUAAUAACUUUAUAUUUUUAAUAAGUCAUUUUUUAUCAAUAUAAUUUUCAAAUAAUUCCACAACUUGAAAUGGGUCCCUAAAUAAAUCGUAAUUUAUGUGAUAAUGUUUUGAACUAAGACAUUUUAUGUAUAAUUCUUAAGAAAUAACUUGAGAAAAAAAAUCUCUUAUAUGUUUUGAAUAUUGAAAAGAUUAGUUUGAAAUAAAUAUUACUUCUAGUCAUCGGAGAAUUAAAUUAAAUAUGACAAAUCAUUUUAAUUAAUUAAAAUGUAUAUUGAUUAAAAUUUAAUUGGUCACUUACUCGAUGUGUUUUCAUACUGGUGUAUUUAAUCACAUGCAGUGAAAUGAAAGAUCAUUAUAGUGAACCAUAAUAAUGGUUUAAUAUACUUUUAUAAUAGUAAAUUUCUACCUAUUUUCAUAAAAGUAAAUGUUAACAAAUUUCAUUAACUAACUUUUAUUAUGGUUUGAUUUAUAAUAUUUAUUUUAAUAUGAUAUCCAUUUGUAUAAAACAGUUAAUUCUAUCAUAUACUAUGUCAGUUUGUCUCAAUAUGAAUAAAAAUAUGUAUCUAUAAUUUAAAUGUAUUAAAAAUAAAACAUUUAUGUUAAGUUAUUUAUUUAUGAGUUUAACCCAAUAAUAUUUAUGUUAUAUUUCCAAUUAAAAAAAAAAAAAAACAUUUUGUUAUUAGAUACUCAUAAAAUAAAUAUGUACAUAAUUGCACUUUCUCUUAUUAUAUUAUGUAUAAUUUUUAAUUUAAUUUAAUUUAAGUUUAGUAAUAUUAAGAAGUUAGACGUAAGAAAUUUAGAUUAGGUCGUAUUUUAUAUUAAACCUUAAAAUACAUUCCCUUUCCAAUUCAUAUUUUCGAUACAUUUAUUACAUUAAAAUAUUUAUACAGUCUGAUUUUUUAUUAUUUGACAUGAUGAAUUUCGGAAUAUUUGUUUUUCUUUUUAUAGGUAUUAUAAAGCUGUAAAGUUUUUAAUUGGAAAAGUAUAUAAAACUUGUAUCUAAAAAUGUAAAAAGAAUAUAUAAAUUGUAUUAAAUAUUCCGAGAUACCUAAUUAUUGUCUUACUAUAAAAAAUCCGUCAGUAUUUACACAUAUAUUAUUAUUAUUAUUAUGAUUAUUAUUAUUAUUAUUCAUUAUAUUACAUUUUUAUUAUCAAUAAAAACAAACUACUUCCAA